AUGUCUCUCCUGCUGCUGCUGCCUGCUGACCUCGAGGAGCGGUUUGAAUCAGGUUUGGAGGGGGAGGUUGAAUCAUUUAUUUUGGACCAAGAAGAUCUUGAUAACCCAGUACUUAAAACCACGUCGGAGUUAUUCUUAUCGAGUGCUGCAGAAGGUGCGGACUUGAGAACUGUGGAUCCAGAAACACAAGCAAGACUAGAAGCCUUACUGGAGGCAGCAGGAAUUGGUAAAUUGUCCACUGCCGAUGGUAAAGCCUUCGCAGAUCCUGAGGUUCUCCGAAGACUGACGUCCUCUGUCAGCUGUGCACUGGAUGAAGCUGCUGCUGCAUUGACGCGGAUGAGAGCAGAGAACAAUCACAACGCAGGACAAGUGGACAAUCGCAGUUUGGCAGAAGCAUGCUCAGACGGGGAUGUAAAUGCUGUCCGGAAGCUGUUGGAUGAAGGAAGAAGCGUCAAUGAACAUACUGAAGAAGUGCUACUAGCAAUGCAUGCAAACGUUGAAGAUCGAGGGAAUAAAGGAGACAUCACUCCCUUAAUGGCAGCUGCCAGCGGUGGCUAUGUAGAUAUUGUUAAACUUCUCCUUGUUCAUUGUGCAGAUGUCAACGCACAGUCUUCAACAGGGAACACAGCUCUCACUUAUGCUUGUGCUGGGGGCUUUGUUGACAUAGUGAAGGUGCUAUUGAAAGCCGGUGCUAAUAUAGAAGACCACAAUGAGAAUGGGCAUACCCCCUUAAUGGAAGCAGCCAGCGCAGGUCAUGUUGAGGUUGCAAGAGUAUUGCUGGAAUAUGGUGCAGGAAUCAACACUCACUCCAACGAGUUCAAAGAAAGUGCACUUACACUUGCAUGCUAUAAAGGCCAUUUAGAUAUGGUUCGUUUUUUGCUUGAAGCUGGAGCUGAUCAAGAACAUAAAACAGAUGAGAUGCACACAGCGCUAAUGGAGGCCUGCAUGGAUGGACAUGUGGAAGUGGCACGCUUGCUUUUAGACAGUGGUGCUCAAGUGAAUAUGCCUGCAGAUUCAUUUGAAUCUCCACUCACACUGGCUGCUUGUGGUGGACACGUGGAGUUAGCAGCUCUUCUGAUCGAAAGAGGAGCUAACCUGGAGGAAGUUAAUGAUGAAGGUUAUACUCCUCUGAUGGAAGCUGCCCGGGAAGGUCAUGAAGAGAUGGUAGCCUUGCUACUGGCACAAGGGGCAAAUAUAAAUGCGCAGACAGAAGAAACGCAGGAAACAGCUCUUACUCUGGCAUGUUGUGGAGGGUUUUCUGAAGUAGCUGACUUCCUUAUUAAGGCAGGAGCUGAUAUAGAACUUGGUUGCUCAACACCUCUGAUGGAAGCUGCUCAAGAGGGUCAUCUUGAGUUGGUGAAAUACUUGCUGGCAGCAGGAGCUAAUGUUCAUGCCACCACGGCGACAGGAGAUACAGCUUUGACCUAUGCCUGUGAAAAUGGACAUACUGAUGUUGCAGAUGUGUUGCUUCAAGCUGGUGCUGAUUUGGAGCAUGAAUCUGAAGGUGGGAGAACCCCACUAAUGAAGGCUGCGCGAGCUGGUCAUUUGUGCACGGUGCAAUUCCUUAUUAGCAAAGGUGCCAACGUUAACAGGGCUACAGCUAAUAAUGACCACACGGUGGUGUCACUGGCAUGUGCCGGAGGCCACCUGGCAGUUGUUGAGCUGCUUCUGGCUCAUGGUGCAGAUCCUACUCAUCGACUCAAGGAUGGCUCAACAAUGCUCAUUGAAGCCGCCAAAGGAGGACAUACAAAUGUUGUUUCUUAUUUGCUGGAUUACCCAAACAAUGUUUUGUCGGUUCCUGCAGCGGACUUGUCUCAGCUCACACCUCCAUCUCAGGAUCAGUCUCAGGUUCCACGUGUACCGGUGCAUACACUUGCUAUGGUUGUACCUCCCCAGGAACCUGACAGAACACCUCCAGAGAACUCGCCACCUCUCUUGGGAGUGGUGAAAGGUGCAUCCAAGCAGAAGUCAAGUUCCCUGCAGGUAGCAGAUAAGGACCUACUGCCACCUUUUCACCCAUACCAACCUUUGGAAUGCAUAGUAGAAGAGACUGAAGGCAAGCUGAAUGAACUUGGACAGAGAAUUAGUGCUAUUGAAAAAGCACAACUUAAAUCACUGGAAUUAAUUCAAGGUGAACCUUUAAAUAAAGAUAAGAUUGAAGAACUUAAAAAGAACAGAGAAGAACAAGUACAGAAGAAGAAGAAAAUAUUGAAGGAACUGCAGAAGGUGGAAAGGCAGUUGCAGAUGAAAACCCAACAGCAGUUUACCAAAGAAUAUUUGGAGACCAAAGGUCAGACAGAUACACCACUUCCCCUGCAGCAGCAGUGCCCACUUACAGGGGUCUUCCCAGAAGUGGAAGCCGAUAAGGGUCAGCCAGAGGAUAACUUUUCAGGGGUACCUCAGGCCGCCACCAUCUUGUCUAAAGAUGACGAUUUUGUGCCAACAACGCAAUGUAAUUUUUCUGGUAAUUUAGGUUAUAAUGGGACAGAGUCUCUUGAACUUCAGAAAGCAUUAGGGAAUCAGCAGACUGUAGGACAGCAGCAGCAAAUUGCUGGGCAGGGGCUCUUAGUUCAAGAACCAGACGGAUUAAUGGUUGCCACUCCAGCACAGACGCUUACCGACACUCUUGAUGACCUAAUAGCAGCUGUGAACAGCAGAGUGCCCAGUGGCUCCACCAGCUCCUCGCACACUACUGAAUCCCCUACACCUGAGCCUGGUUCACAGGCAUCGAGCAAUGUGUCCUCACAGUCAGUGCUCCCUAUGUAUCCCUCAGUUGACAUCGAUGCACAUACUGAAAGUAAUCAUGACACUGCUCUGACCCUGGCGUGUGCAGGAGGUCAUGAAGAACUUGUAUCUGUACUGAUAGCACGUGGUGCCAAUAUUGAACACAGAGACAAGAAGGGUUUUACGCCUUUGAUUCUGGCUGCAACUGCUGGACAUGUUGGUGUAGUGGAAAUUCUUCUAGACAAAGGUGGGGAUAUAGAAGCACAGUCUGAGCGCACAAAGGAUACUCCGCUUUCGCUGGCAUGCUCUGGUGGUCGCCAAGAGGUUGUUGAUUUGCUGUUGGCCCGAGGAGCAAAUAAAGAACAUAGGAAUGUGUCUGAUUAUACACCAUUAAGCCUUGCUGCAUCUGGUGGCUAUGUUAAUAUCAUCAAGAUUCUUCUUAAUGCUGGGGCAGAAAUUAAUUCAAGGACCGGGAGUAAGCUAGGUAUUUCUCCUCUGAUGUUGGCUGCUAUGAAUGGCCAUGUACCUGCUGUGAAACUGUUACUUGAUAUGGGUUCUGAUAUUAAUGCCCAAAUUGAGACCAACCGGAAUACAGCCCUCACCCUGGCCUGUUUCCAAGGCCGAGCAGAGGUGGUCAGUCUGCUUUUGGACAGGAAGGCCAAUGUUGAGCACAGGGCAAAGACUGGUCUCACACCUCUGAUGGAAGCGGCUUCAGGAGGAUAUGCAGAGGUUGGAAGGGUUCUGCUUGAUAAAGGAGCGGAUGUUAAUGCUCCACCUGUGCCUUCCUCAAGAGAUACAGCUUUAACAAUUGCAGCAGAUAAGGGUCACUACAAGUUCUGUGAGCUCCUGAUUAAUCGAGGAGCGCAUAUUGAUGUUCGUAACAAGAAAGGAAACACACCUCUAUGGUUAGCAGCUAAUGGUGGUCACUAUGAUGUGGUUCAGUUGCUUGUGCAAGCAGGUGCAGAUGUAGAUGCUGCAGAUAAUCGGAAAAUUACACCUCUUAUGUCAGCGUUUCGCAAGGGGCAUGUGAAAGUAGUUCAGUUCCUGGUGAAAGAAGUUAACCAGUUUCCUUCGGACAUUGAAUGCAUGCGAUACAUAGCAACAAUAACUGACAAGGACCUGUUGAAGAAGUGUCACCAGUGUGUGGAGACAAUUGUGAAAGCUAAAGACCAGCAGGCUGCAGAAGCAAAUAAGAAUGCAACUAUAUUGCUGAAGGAGCUAGACUUGGAAAAAUCAAGAGAGGAGAGCAGAAAAUUAGCUCUUGCAGCUAAAAGGGAGAAAAGAAAGGAAAAGAGGAAGAAGAAGAAAGAGGAACAAAAAAGAAAACAAGAAGAAGAUGAAGAAAACAAGCCUAAAGAAACUCUGGAACUACAAGAAGAUGAUGAUGAAGAAGAAAAUGAUGAUGAAGUGGAGCAAGAAGUUCCUAUAGAGCCUCCUAGUGCAACUACUACAACAACAAUUGGAAUUUCUGCAACGUCAACUACUUUCACAAAUGCCUUUGGGAAGAAGAGAGCUAAUGUGGUGACUACCCCCAGCACAAAUAGAAAAAAUAAGAAAAAUAAAACAAAAGAGACUCCUCAGAAUAUGCAGAUAAUUUUGCCAGAUCAGCAUAUAUCUCUAGCACAGCAAAAAGCAGAUAAAAAUAAAAUAAAUGGAGAGCCAAGAGGUGGUGGUGCAAGUGGGAAUAGUGAUUCAGAUAACUUGGAUAGCACAGAUUGCAAUAGUGAAAGUAGCAGUGGAGGUAAAAGCCAAGAGCUGAACUUCACAAUGGAUACAAAUUCCUCUGAGCGGCGCUAUGCCUCAUUGCUUAUUCCCUCUCAGGAAGAAAAACCAAGCACCUCGGCUUCAAAAACACCAACGAGACUUGACAGUGAAGGACAUUCAAAUUCUUUGUCGACUACUUACAAGCCUGUUUCCCUGCCUCUCGCCUCUCCAAAUGUAAAGCUGAAUUUGACUAGUCCUAAAAGAGGCCAGAAAAGAGAAGAAGGCUGGAAAGAAGUGGUUCGAAGGUCGAAGAAAUUAUCUGUCCCAGCUUCUGUCGUAUCUAGAAUAAUGGGAAGAGGCGGGUGCAACAUCACAGCAAUUCAAGAUGUCACUGGUGCCCAUAUUGACGUUGAUAAGCAAAAAGAUAAGAACGGAGAGAGAAUGAUCACUAUAAGGGGUGGUACAGAGUCAACGCGAUACGCAGUGCAACUCAUCAAUGCCCUUAUUCAAGAUCCUGCCAAGGAACUGGAAGACUUGAUUCCUAAAACUCAUAUAAGAACACCUGCUUCGAGUACCAAAUCAAUCCAUGCUAACUUUUCAUCUGGAGUCAGCACUGCGACCGCUUCCAACAAGAACUCCUUUCCUCUUGGAGCACCGCCCCUCGUUACAUCACAGUCAUCAACACUAUCUACUUUCCAGCCUACUAACAAGUUAAACAAGAAUGUCCCAGCUAAUGUGCGCUCAUCUUUUCCGGUGUCUCUUCCUCUAGCUUAUUCUCACCCUCAUUUUGCCUUGCUGGCUGCCCAAACUAUGCAACAGAUCCGGCAUCCUCGCUUACCUAUGGCCCAGUUUGGAGGAACUUUUUCAGCGUCACCGAACACUUGGGGACCAUUCCCAGUGAGACCAGUUAACCCUGGCAGCACAAACAGCUCUCCAAAGCAUAAUAAUUCGAUUCGUGUAGGUAGUCAGAAUGGAAAUAUUUUGCAGACUGAGUCUCCUGGAUUAGCUACUUCUAGUUGUCCCAUUACUGUCUCUUCUGUAGCCGCUUCCACCCAACCGCUGUGUGUAACCAGUAAUCGGACUCCCUCUUCGGUCAGAAAGCAGUUGUUUGCCUGCGUUCCCAAGACUAGUACUGCAGCAACAGCAAUCUCAACUGUGACAAGCACCUGUAGCACUCUGCCUUCAGCUUCCUCUGCCCCCUCAAACAAUGGGCAAGUGCCCACAGCAUUUCUGCCAUCUAAUGCUCCACAAACGCAGCAUUCUGCAUUUAAAGCGGACUCUUUCUCAGCUGUCUCAGCACCCAAAGAGAAGGUGUCAACACCAGACCAGCCUGCUGCAAAUGCGUGCGCACCAUCUUCGGUUGCAAGUAGUUGCAGUGUGUCAGCUAGCAGCAACUCAGGAGUUGCUGAAACUCGCCCAUCAAGCAGCCCUGCACCGCUGAAUAAUGUCCAAGAUGAAAUACUGCCAACCAGCAUAUCGGAGAUCAGUCCUUCCAUGUCGAUGCCUUUUUCAUCCAGCUCAGAAACUGCUCCUUUAAGCUUAGCAUCACCCAGGUCAGUUGUUGCAGAUAAUCAGGACAACAGUAACUUACCUCAAGUAGCUGUACCAGCACCUCGAGUUACUCACAGGAUGCAAUCCAGAGGUUCUUUCUAUUCAGUGGUACCAAAUGCAAACCUCCAUCAAGAUCCUCAGUCUAUUUUUGUUACGAACCAAGUUCCUUUAACACCUUCUCAAGGUCCACCUGCUGCAGUGCAGCUUUCAUCAGCCAUGAACGUUAUGAACGGUUCUCAGAUGCACAUUAACCCAGCGAACAAAUCAUUGCCUCCUACCUUUGGGCCAGCAACACUCUUCAAUCACUUUAGUAGUCUUUUUGAUAGCAACCAGGUGCCAGCUAACCAAGGAUGGGGAGACUGUCCACUCUCUACCCGAGCAGCAGCUGACCCAUCUUUCACUGUUCAGUCUACCUUUCUGAAUAACUCUGUGCUAGGACAUGUGGAAAACGUGCAUCCUGACAACUCCAAGGCUCCUGGUUUCAGGCCACCUUCCCAACGGGUUUCGACUAGUCCUGUAGGCUUACCCUCUCUAGAUCCAUCCAACAGCUCUACAACUUCUUCUUCAGGUCCUUUGACAGGCUUUUCAGCAAACAUACAAGGAGCACGGGUUUACCUUCAAGGGCCAGCGCCUGUUGGGACUCCCAGCUUUAACAGACAGCAUUUUUCACCACAUCCUUGGACAAGCGCAACAAAUUCAUCUGCUUCUGCGCCUUCUAACUUGGGCCAGCCAAAAACGGGUAACGCGAAUCAAGAUCGAAAGGUACCCCCUCCCAUUGGGACAGAAAGGCUUGCUAGAAUUCGACAGGGAGGAUCUGUCACUCCUACACCCUUAGGAACCAACUUCACAGCUCCAGUUGGUCAUAGCGGUAUUUGGUCCUUUGGAGUUAACAGUGUAUCUGAAGGCUUGUCAGGUUGGUCUCAGCCUGUCAUGGGAAAUCAUCCGAUGCAUCAGCAGCUGUCAGACCCAGGCACAUUUUCUCAGCAUCAGCCAAUGGAGAGAGAUGAUUCUGGAAUAGUGGCUCCCUCAAAUAUUUUCCACCAACCUAUGCCAAAUAGUUUUGUGGAUUUUUCUAAAGGCCUACCAAUUUCCAUGUAUGGUGGCACUCUGAUACCCUCGCACCCUCAGCUAGCAGAUGGCCCGGGAGGCCCCCUCUUUAACGGGCUCCAUUCUCCAGAUCCCGCCUGGAAUCCCAUGAUCAAAGUUGUUCAGAACUCAGCUGAAUGUACUGAUGCUCAGCAGAUUUGGCCUGGCACCUGGGCACCUCACAUUGGAAACAUGCAUCUCAAGUACCCGCAUCAUCUACGACCGCAAGUUCCUGCUGGAGUGCAAGAAUUCACCCGUGGCCAGGACCCCUCCCUGCUGCCUGCCCCAGACCCCCGGUGUCACAUCCCUGGCCCCGUCCAGCCUCGUCAAGCUGGAGGAGCUCAAGGAGCGGAAUGAGAGCGAAGAAGCCAUGUCAGAUCAAGACCAGUUUGAGAUGGACAUCUGAGUUUCCAGCUCCCUGUCUCCAGGCCAUGGCAGGGCCUGUUCCUGGGCCUCAUGGAGGUGCUGGCACCAUGACCAGCUGGCUGCAGCCCUCUCUCAUGCUGGGGAUGGACGUGUGACACCUCAGGCUCUAGCACAACUGUCUGGUGCAAUUGCCUAGGACCUUAUGCUUGAUCAAUAAACACCAUGAAACCCCUGUG